UCCAGUCGUGUAGCGUACGUCAAAAGUCAUUUAGUUUUCGCUCUUCCGCGAGUAGGCAGGUCUCUGUAGCCGCUUGGCGUUACGUUUAACUGAGGCAUAAUAUGUAAAAUGGCUUCCAGUUCUUUGUGAGUUGAGUUAGUUGUGUGUAUUUUGUUUAUUUCUGAAUUGAGUUUUUACAAUCACGGUGUUGGUGUUUAAAAACUAACGAAUAGCGGUUUCAACAAAUGCUCUUAAUGUGGAUUAUUAUAAAAACGAGGUACUUUCAUAUACACAACGAAUAUCAAUUCUAAUGUAUUGCAAUUUCAAACCAAAAGUUCUGUGAUAAGAGUUGGUAGCUAGAAUGGAACGAUUGGGCUGCUUAUUUUAUACAUUUUUAUAUUUUACUGUUAGCAGUAGUCAGACAACGAAUUUUCGAGGAAUUAAUGAUGUAUUAUUAGUAGAUACGUUUUCACAACCACAUGAAAAGGCAGCAAAUAUGGUAGUGGAUAACCACAAACCAAAAUUCAUAGGUUGUCAAGAUUAUAAACCGUCUGUAAAGGAAGAACAACGAAGUGGGACAUAUGUUAUGACUGUUGAAGCUCAUGAUGAAGAUCCCAAAGAUGCAGGGGGAAUAAUCACUUACUCCCUCAUCCACAGAGAUGGAGAACGAGUUUUAUUUGAAAUAAAUAACAGAACUGGCGAGCUAACGACAAUCCAAGGAUUUGAUCGUGAUGAACCUGUUCGACAAAAGGAACUGUAUGUAACUGUACAAGCUGUGGACAAUGGAAGACCUCCGUUGGCAGAUGUUUGUACAUUUACAGUCACUAUAACUGACAUUAACGAUAAUGCACCCCAACUUGAUAAACUUCAAUACGAUACUCAGGUAUCUGAAGAUUUAAAAAUAAACAGUGAAGUAAUGAGAGUAUUCGCCUAUGAUAUUGAUGAUGGUGAAAAUUCAAGACUUUCAUAUAAUUUUUCAAAUCAGAAUAGUCAGUUUAAUCAGUACUUCACGAUAGACCGAGACACAGGUGUUGUUUAUUUAAAAACUCCUUUAACUGAUAAAAAGAAUACAAGAUUUACCAGUGUAGUGUAUGUAUCUGAUAACGGUUAUGCUGAUCAAGAAGGCCAAAAAGAAUCAUCCGCUAAUAUUUCUAUAACAGUAGUUGGAUCUGAUAAACAACCUCCUAGAUUUACAAGAAGAGAUCCUGAAGGCGUUUUAGAAAUUCCAGAAAAUUUUAAUGAUUUUACAAAACACAUAGUUACAGUUGAAGCUGUAUCAAAUUUAAAGGACCCGCAACUUGCGUUUGAGUUGGUAAAAGGCAAGACAUUCCAGACAAAUAAGGAUCAAACUUUUCUACUUGAAGCAGAUGGGAACAAAGCUUAUAUAAAAUUAGUUCGUCCUCUUGAUUAUGAAACUGUAACUGAGUAUACUUUGACAAUUAGGGUGAAUAAUAAAGAUUCUAUGGAUGCCUCCAUAAAUAUUCCAAUUAAAGUUUUGGAUGUUAACGAUGAAAUCCCAAAUUUCCUAGAAUUUUUGAAAGGAAGUGUUGUUGAAAAUGAUAAUCCUGGUGUUCAAGCAAUACAAGUUAGAGCUAUCGACAAAGAUGGCACUGCUGCUAAUAAUAUUGUUAGCUACGAACUUUUAGACAACACAGAUAUUUUUGCUAUAGAUAAAUCAACUGGUAUCAUAACGUCUAAAAUUGCUUUUGACCGUGAAACAGUACCACUAUACCAUGUAAAUGUUAAAGCUUAUGAUAAUUCCCCAUCAGCUCUGUUCAAUACUUCGGAACCCAAUAAUGUGAAACAAACUUUCCAGAUAAGUAUAGAAGAUCAAAAUGACAAUAGACCUGUAUUUACACAUCCAAUUUAUACCUUCAGUAAUAUUACUGAACUUGCUGAUAUGUUAAGUAAUGUUGGAGAAGUCAAAGCUCUAGAUAAUGAUACAGCUUCACUUAUAAGUUAUAGUAUUAUAUCUGGAAAUGAUAAUGAGUCAUUUACGAUUGAAAAUACAACUGGUAGAAUAAAAGUAAAUAGAAAACUAGACUUUGAGUGGAAGGAAAACUAUAAUUUAACAGUUAGAGCCUAUGAUGGGGCGUAUGAAGAUUUUGCAAUUGUUGUUAUUCUAAUAACAAAUGAAAAUGAUGAAAGACCAGUUUUUGAGCAGUAUCCUGAUGAUAUAUAUAUUGAUGAAGAAAGAGUUGAUUCGAAUUGUAUAAUUACGGUAAAAGCAUAUGACCCAGACAUCAAAGAUAGAAGUGCUGAUCAGCAUAUAGUAUAUGAUGUAGCAAAAGAACAAAAAAGUUUUCUCACAGUUUCUUCUGAUGGAUGUGUGAAAAUAAUUAAACCCUUAGACAGAGAUCCACCAUAUGGAAGCCCGAUUCGUCAAGCUUUUAUUUAUGCCCGUGAUAAUGAUGGAGGCACUAAUUCCUUGUUAGGUACAGCUGAAAUAGCAAUCCAUUUGAAUGACAUUAACGAUAACGCACCGUUUUUAAAUGUGACUGAAAUUGUUUGGUAUGAAAAUCAAGCUGCUGGUUUUAUAAGUGUUCUGAGUGCAGAUGAUUAUGAUGGCCCGGAUAAUGGUCCACCAUUUUCCUUCCGCCUGGACGAUUCUGCUCAACAAGACAUUCGCGAAAAAUUUUCCAUUGAAGGAGAUCGACUAUAUGCUUUAGUUUCAUUUGAUAGAGAAGAACAGAAAUAUUAUGAUAUUCCAAUUGACAUUACAGACAGUGGUCAACCCACCCAACAUGGAGUUAGUACUCUAAGAGUUAUAAUUGGUGAUGUAAAUGAUAAUGAAGCAAAAGAUGGGAACAGCACAAUCUUUGUUUAUAAAUAUGUCAAUGGACCAGACACUGAUAUUCAAAUUGGACGUGUCUUUGUAGAUGAUCUUGAUGAUUGGGACAUUAACGACAAAGUUUUUGUUCAACAGGAUUAUUUUGAAGAAUUUACUCUUAACCUAACUGAUAAUGGAAUGAUUCUAAUGCGGCCAUCAACACAAGAAAAUGUCUACGUUUUACAUUACAGAGUUACUGAAACGCAUGACCCUGAAAUACAGGAACACACUGUUAACGCCAUAGUAACUAUUACUGUUAAAGAACUACCAGAAGAGGCUGUAGUGAAAUCUGGAUCAAUUAGAAUAAAUGGAACCACUAAGGAAGCAUUUGUAGAAACUGUUCACAAUGAAAAGAGUAAAAAGGAUAUACUACAUCAAGAAUUAUCGAAGAUUUUGAAUACAUCGAUGACAAAUGUUGAUGUAUUUACUGUUCUGCAUUCACCACACCAAGAUUCAAAUUACGUUGAUGUUAGGUUUUCUGCUCAUGGUUCUCCUUAUUAUGCUCCUGAAAAACUUCAGAAUAAAGUAACGGAUCACCAAACAGAGCUUGAAAAAAAAUUGGAUGUGGAUUUUGUUAUGAUAAAUAUAAACGAAUGUCUCAACGAAACAAUUUGUGGUAGUGAUAAUUCCUGUACAAAUCAAUUGAACAUAUCAAGAGAACCUGCAGUGGUGUUUACAAAUCGAACAUCCUUUGUUGGAGUAAGUGCGGUUGUUGAUCCUGUUUGUGCUGCAUUACCAAGAGAAAUUAUUGAAUGUUUCAAUGGUGGUAUUCCUAUAGAAGAUGUUGCUUGUAGCUGUCCAGCUGGUUUUGAAGGACCACAUUGCGAAAUUCUCGCUAUAGGAUUUAGAGGCACUGGUUGGGCUAUGUAUCCAUCAUUUGAUGCUUCCAAUAGAACUGAAAUCAUCUUGCAUGUUUUGUCGCAAACUGACAAUGGAUUAAUAUUUUAUAACGGGCCUUUGACAGUUAGACAAACUGCUUUGUCCAAAGAUUAUAUUUCUUUGGAACUCAAAGAUGGAUAUCCUUUUCUACAAAUAUGUACACAUUCGACACCACAAGAAAUAUAUUUAACUCAACGUAAACUAAAUGAUGGUGCAUUGCACAAAAUUAAAAUAGGAUAUGGAAUUGAUGAUAUAUCCUUAGAAGUUGACGAUUGUGGAACGACUUGUUCAAUUUGGACUAGUAAAACUGUUAAAGGUGUUCUCAGACCCAACGGUCCUCUACAACUUGGAGGCAUGAAAAAUAAAUUCACUAAUCAGGAAUUCCAAACCAUUUGGAAUCGUCUACCACCAACAGACGUCAGUUUCACUGGUUGUAUAAGAAACUUGACAUACAAUGAUUACUUCUAUAAUUUAGGUGCUCCAUCAGAUUGGUACCAAGCAUUUCCUGACUGUAAUUAUGGUAUGAUGCAAGCUGUUACUUUUGGAAUUGAUUCCAAUUUCUUGGUUGCCAUUCUUGUCUGUGUGGCAAUAUUAAUAAUACUUCUUCUGGCUGUUGUGGUUCACAGAAGAAAGCAAGACAAUUUCAAUGAAAAAGAAAUAGACGAUACUCGCGCAAAUAUAAUUAACUAUGAAGACGAAGGUGGCGGCGAAUGCGAUACGAACUACGAUCUCUCCGUUUUCCGACCCAACAUUGUUGAUGAAAAACCUCUAAUGAGAGACAAUCCUGACGUGCCUGCAGAUAUAAGUGGAUUCCUUGAUAACAAAAAGGAUAAUUGUGACAAGGACCCAGAUAAUUUACCCUAUGACGAUGUCCGCCAUUAUGCAUAUGAAGGAGAUGGAAAUAGUACAGGAUCUUUAUCCUCUCUUGCUUCGUGUACUGACGAAGGAGACUUAAAAUUCAACUAUUUGUCAAGCUUCGGACCUAGAUUCAGGAAGUUAGCAGAUAUGUAUGGAGAGGAUCCGAGUGAUGAGGAUUCCCACGACGGAGGAGAACAAUCCUGGUGAUGAAUUCGAUUUCCUGACUCCUUUGAAAUAACUUUAGAAACUGAUUUCUAAUUUGUACUUAAAACUUUUAAUAUUGUUAACCAAAGAUUGCAAAAGUUUUUGGAAAGAACUGAAUAAAAUUUGUAAAUAUUUAGACUAUGAUAGAUGUCUUUAGACUGAUACAUAGCUAAUGCUAUUUUUUCAAGAAGUGACAGGCAGUUUGCUUUAAGAAUAACUAAACUUUUCCGUCAUAAGUUAUAUUUGAUGGUUAGUUUUUAAUGGCCUUUUACUAGGCUACUGUGAUUUGAACAAAGUUAGAAUAAGAAACUUCACAUUGACUAUGUUUCAUACAGCAUAUUGAUGUUCGUUCUGUUUUUUUUUUGGAAUUUUUAAAUUCUGUCAGCUAGGACUACUUGUUUCGGAUUUGAAUAAACACAUGGUAGGUGGGGAACAAAUGAACGACCAUUUCUAAGUUGGGAUUUCUGGAACCGCUGGUGAUAUUCGCAUUGAACACACUGUUUACAAUACCACUUUACCAACACCAACAAUUACACUGUCCGACGGGCGCUUCGAUAACCAAGUUAUCAAAACACGCGUAGUAAUUGUUAGUGUAAAUAGUGUGUUCAGAACUAUCAUUAGUUUCUGAGGUACACAAAUUCUUUUGAUUUUAUAUAUUAUAUAAUGUCUUCUUAGAUGCAUUGUUAUUGGGAAUAGUAAUAUAGUUUGUAUUUGGAUGAAUUUUCAUAUUACUUGUAUAAUUUUUAAAUAAGCAUUUGAUAUUCAUAUAAUUAAAAGAUAGCAAAAACUUUUGAAGGUACUUCUAAUUGUCUUUAUCAACUCCAUACAUAGGACUUCAAAGUUUUCUGCAAAACUUUGUUCAGAACUAUUUUUAUUAUAUCAAAUAUUUUUUCUUAGUGGAUUAAACAAGUGAUAUAAAAAAAACUUCCAAAUUAUUUAGCUCUUAGCACAACCUUAGGUUUUCAGGUCUAGUACUUCAAUAAAGUUGGUUAAUUUAAUUUUUUGAAUCUUAAAUUUUGUUUCAAUUAUUAUUUCAAGUUUGGAGUAUCACAUAUGUAUACAUUAUACCUGUAUAUAAUGUAUACAUAUUUGGAAUUUUCUAAUUUCGUUAUUUUUACAAUUAUUAGUUCGAAUAUCAUUAUGCUGCUUUGUACUUCUAGGUCAAAAUUAUUAUUGUACAAUUGUUAAAUUAAUGUAUAAUAAGAUUGAUCUUGAGUUGUACAUCAACCAAUGAAGUUUAUAAAAAUGCUUAAAUUGUGGAUAUUAUUUCUCCACAAAAUAAUAUUGUUAUUGGGAAUUCUAGAGGCCUUGUAUAGAGUUGCCUUAUCAGGUUAGGCACAAAUACCAAUAUCAAAAUAGCGUGGUUCAGCAAUACAAUAAGAAACCAUUUUUUAUAUAUAUAUUUUUUCUAUUUUUUACUAAGUUUUUUUGUUAGUUAUGUUGUAAUUUGGCAUGUAUUUAGGUUAUAUAAAUAUAUUAUACAUAUAUUCUAUAAUCGCACUUGAAAACUGAAUCAGUAUUGCUGCGGCAUCUAUUUAGCACUAUUUUACACUAAUAGAAUAAAUAAUAUGCAUUUAUCUGUUAUCUAUAUGUUUGUGUCCAUACAUCAAUAUGGGUUCUCAAUUAUUUUCACAUAUUGAAUACAGUUUCUCCAUCUUUCAGCAGUUAUAUUUUUAAUUUUCGUGUUUAUCAACUCGAUCCUACAACUGUUUAAAGUAGAUAUAUUAUUGUUAGCACGUACAUUAGACUUUAAUUCAUACUAUAUCAACUCGAUUAGAUUGAAAAUACAAUAAUAUGGUGGAAGCAGAAUUACUUCGUGAUCUGCUUUUUUUGAAAUUUUGUCACUAACAAAAUAUGUCACAUUCGCAUAAAAAGUCUAGUAUUUAACUUUUUCUUUUAAUGUAACCUGGUAUCUUAUUCUUUUGGCAACUAUGGUAGGAUGCAUUAUCCAUCACAAUACACUAUUCGGUGGUAUAUUCGGCAUUAAUUUAUUUUGAAACCAAUCUUACAAAGCUAUGAUCAUCCAGGCUAGAAUCGAUUAUUGUACAAAAAAUAUGUUACGAAAACUUUCUAUAAAAAGUAAGGUUGUAACAUAACAUAGUAGAUAUUAUUACUAGUUGUACUACAAAGGAUGUUCGUGAAGUGAAUUUCAUGUUAAAAUAAAAAAAGCAUGUAUAAAUACAGUGAAGAAAUUUUUUGCACAAAAAUAAUCUUUACCGGAAAUUUGUUAUACCGUAUUUUUUAACGCUGUUUGUAUCUCUGAUAUCCAAGGAAAGACUGCGUACGCCAAAAAACUUGAAGUUGCUCCGAAAGAAUUUGGGUCUGUAUGGAGGAUGCUCGAAAACAUUCCAGCUUAAAUCUUGUGGAGUCUUCUCUACAUAAAAUCGCGGAUUCUUUGUAUACUUCACAGAUUUGUCGAUGAUCAUUAAGCUUAAUGUAUCUUGUAUAUCAUAAACGACGGGAUUUCUAAUCCACAACCAUUUAAUUAUAUGUGCACAAAAUAAACAAGCUCAAAAUUGCGUCAAUUUACUUAACGAAAUCAUCUCGUAUUUUCAUCAGACUGCUUCAGUAACUUAGUUGAAGUUAUGUUGAAAUCAAGUUCCUUUAAAACAAUUGUUAUACUAUUGAUAGGUACAGGUUUCUACAGUUUAUAUUUUUACCAAAAAUGUCAUGUUUUUUAGUGGUACAAAAGAAUUAGUUAAAACAUUAUCUCAGUAUUAAUUAUUUAGAAUUUGUAAAAAUUUUACGACCUAUAAUAAAAUAUCAUUUGAAAAUUGACAAAUCUCUUAAUAAAGAGCAAUGUGAUAAUUGUCGUGUUGUUUUAUUAGCUUGAUCAAAGAUAGUUCUUGUUAACUAAUUUGAAAACUAGUGAUUUAUAAUGAGAUAAAUAAUUUUUGGGAAAAUAUAUUGUGAAUGGACAUAAAAUGUUCACUGUCGCUAUUUUACGUUUGGAUUAGUUGAAAUGACAAACCGUCUACAAUUUUUUCAGUAUUAAAAUUGAUUUUUUUCCUCAAAUAUUGACUCGGUUUUCAUAGUAUAUAUUUCAUUUCAUUGACUAUUUAAUAUUUAUUAUCGCAAUUUUUCUCUGAAAAUCAGGAAAUACUAUAGUUAGAGUUUAUCUUCAUGUCAGAAGGAUUUCCUGGUUUUCAUUAUAUAGCUUGUGUCACAAAAUACAGUCUGUAGAGAGAACUUGAAAAGUAUGAUUUAAUUGUUCAAAAACUAAGUUUAUUUUGAAAUGUUUCGAAUUUGUAGAUAAUUUUAAUUGAGUAAUAUGCACUAAUUGUUAAAUAAUUCACACAUUGUUCUCUUGAAAGAGAUUUAUUUAAUACUUUACAAAACUUCGUAUUUUCCUUAUGUGUGUUUAAGUAAACUUCAAUGAUUCACUCUCCAUACCAUUUUAGAACCUGGGCGUUGAUCUGGGUAGUAAUAAGGUGACUUGGGUAAUGUUCGUUUUUAAUAUUAGAUUAACAUUUUCUUUCUGUGGGCUAGUCUACAAAUUUUGAAUGCUGAGAGUCCCAAAAUUGGUAAAGUAAAAUCGAUAUUAAAUAUUGCCUCAAAUAUUGUUUGCUUUGGAUGAUAUUAGUACAUAACAAUUUAUCUACUUGUACUAUAAGUUAUAUUUUCCAUAUGUUUUGGCAUGUUGACGUGAUAACUUCUUAAUAUAUGUCAUUGAGAUAUUGCCAUAAUAGUAAAUUUUGAGCAACAUAUUGAUCUGUACAGACUGUCUUAUGAUGCAAUUUCUAUUCUAGAUGGAUAUAUUUUAUUUUCACUAUUUGUACUGGGUUGUGCUUGAAACAGUUUACAAACAGAAUAUGAUGGAGAUAAUACGGCUGUGGUAAAAAUCAAAAUAAUCAAUGUGAUUCAUUUUUAUUAAGGUAUUAAAACAUAUAUUUUUCAUAAAAUAUAACUUUAAAUCUUACUAAUUCAUUUUGACAAGUGUCAUCUAUUUUUCGCUUUUUCAACUUUUUAAAUUUUUUCUGAGAAAUUACUUGUUUCAUUUCGGUGGUCAUUUAUAGAUAACCGAUGAUUAUUACUAUCUAAUGGUUAAUACUGUGAGGAAAAGUAGAUCUUUGAUGGGUAUUAAAAAAUUAAUUUAGUGCUAAUUUUUCAAUGGCUCACAUUGAACAGUGUCUAAAAUGGUAUUUAUGAGGUAACAUUCAAAAUGGUGAAUAUCUGUACAUGAAGAAUUUUUGUGAAAUUAUAGGUUAUUCUGACAGUUAUCAGAAUCUGUUUAAACCAUUUUAGUGUUGUGCCAAAUUUUUAAUGACAAUUGAAAUAUUUUCUCAAUUAAAAAGUUGAUACAAUGUCACUGGGAAGGCCACUACUAGAAAUGUGAUCUCCAUCUGAAUUUGUUUCGUUUAUUUUAUACAAAUAAAUAUUAUUAAAAAAACUAUUUUAUAGUAUUCGAUAUAUGGAACAUUCCUUUAAUAAUUUGUGAUCUAUAUGGCAGCCAUAGAUGAAAUUUUUAUUUUGAUAAUCUAUUAAAAUUUUUGUCAUUCCUUUUUUUUUAUUGAUCAGUAUUUUUAUCUCUGCAUUUAAAACUUAUUUAUUAGUUAUGGAUCCAAUAUUUUAGGGUAGUUGUUUUGCAUUGUAUGAAAGUACUGAUUAAUUUAGAUAUAUUCUUGAAAAAGUAUUAGCAAAACUAAACACUUUCCAAUGUAAAUAUAUAUUUCAUGGAUCAGUUUGAGUAUUCAGUAUAAUUUUUUAAAUGUGCCUUUAACUGAGCUCCAAUAAAAGAUAGUUUAGAAUUAUAGACAUAGAAUUUUUGCUCACUGCCAUUUGUUAAAAUGUGUAACUUCGAUUUUUAAUAAACAACAUGGAAGAAAA